AUGAAGUAUUGCCUGUUCUCUUGGGGAUGGUAAAAAAAUUGAUCUUUAGGAAGCUCUAACAAGUGAGGGGGUUGGAAGCAGAGCUGGGCAGCACAAGCAGGAAUAAACUUCCAACAAUUUAUAGUAUUCAUGAGCUCCCUUCCACAGAUUCUGUGCUAACUCUGAUUUGAGAUAAGCCUUGUGGGGUGACAUGCCAUUUGUAUGGACAAGAUGCAGUAGUAAUAUUAUGCUGCUUGCUAAGCAGAGAACAUCUUGGGGUAUAAAAUAAAAGGCAAGGAAAAGCAUAGUGCUGCUGUUGUGAAUAAGUGUUUGUAGGAAGAAAUUUAGGUCUGAAAAACCCUGUUUUGGCGAGUUCUUAAUGUGUAUUUGGAAUUGGCAGAGGGCCUGUGAGACUCCAGCUUUGCUUUGGAAACUUGUGAUGAUCUGCUUUUAAGAGAGUAGCAGUUGUGUGAUGGUAUGGAAGCAUGAUGUAGUCAUCUUAGGUAAGUGAAGGAGUCUUACAAAAAUAUUUUAAAAUUAAUUUCCCAAAAUCAUAAAAAUCUAGAGGGAGAUUAGUCUGUUGAUAUGUAUACCAACCAUGCUAAAUAGAAUUCAAGGAGUUGCUCUAUGAAUUUUGAAAACUGUUAGGAAGCUUACAAUGGCUCUGUUUGGAACACAUUUCCCUAAGGAAAAUGUAUUUGGAGAAACUUUGCAAAACUGCUUUUUGGGGUUUUUUUUGUUUGUUUUGGCUUGUUGUUGUAGUUUUGAGGUUUGGUUGUUUUUGUCAUUUUGGUUUGUUGGAGGGUAUUUUGCAAGGUGGGAUGGGGUUGAGAAAGGCUGUAUUUUUGUUUUCUUUGUCUCUAGGGGCCUGCUACUGUGCUAUUUCAUUUUUCUUCCUCUAGGGUAAUGAGAUGCCCAGGUAUCUAUAAGAAUAUACAAUGAAAGAAAAUUGCUCACUUUUUGGAAUUCUUUGCAGUUUCCUUGUGAGCCAGAGUCUAGUUCUGGUUUUCCAAACUUGUUUAAAAGUUUUCUAAUGCUGAAUUGUAAUGGAUUCUGUUACUGGAGAAGCUGCUUAAAAUAAUUUAAGAUUUUGCUUUCUACUUGUCUCUUCAAAUAUGUUGUAUGAUUUCUGAGCACAUCAGAACUUUAUUUUCUAAAAUGGAGUAUCCUUGGUUCACAGGAUCAGCAAAGGGGCUUGAAAUUUCUUUUGACCUUGCAUGUAGUCAACAAGAAAUCUGACAUGUCAGAAACUCAACUCUUCCUGGCAGUGACUAUGUCUGAUGAAGCUGAAAUCCACAAACAAACAAAAGUCAUAAAAGAAGCUCUCACUUCACACAAUCUUGAAUAAACAGAUAGCAUUAGGUUGCCCACAUAAGGCUGCUCAUUGCCUUUUGAAAAGAUUUUCUGUCUGAGGUUUUUAGGAUGCUUUUAAGAUUACAGCAUCGCAAGAAGACCCUUGCUCACUUGCAGUAGGUGCUCUCAGUGCAUUGAGACUGUCAAUUCCCAACAGCAGAAUUUUUCUCAAUAAUCAGAUCUCUUCCUCUGAGCAACUUUCAAGCUCUAGGAGUCUAACUACCUAUAAUAGUGGAGCAAAAAUAAUUGGCUAAAGGGAAAAUGUUAAGCAAAGGGUAUUAAAUAGGCCUACCUGCUUAGUUACAUCUCCUAGCUUAUUUUUUAUGUAUUGUAGUGCCUUUCAAGCACCUCACUUACCUGAAAAACACUGAGAUCUGGUCUUCAUUGGUAUGUGUGUGUGCACGUGCAUGUAUACAUCUGCAUGUCUCUUGUCAGCAUUCUAGCUAGUUCAUACAGAUUUGUGCUGGUGUGCUUUGUUGGCAGAACAGGAUGUGUUAAACUUGGAAUAUUUCAGGGCAGGACCAGUUUGGGCUGCUAAACAGAGGAUGAUCAUUCCAUGGAAGAUUCACUGCUGUGUUUCCAUACUUCCUUGUUGUCUCAGUAUGCCCUGUGAGAGCACAAACCAUAACCUGAGGAGCCACAACUAUUUUGGAAUCUUUAUCCCCUAUAAUACCUGGUUCAUAUACACAGCUUGAGUGAGAGUUGCAUUUCCAUUCCACUCCACUCCUAGAUCACUUCUUGAGCUUACUGAGGCAAAGAAGAAGGAACAGAAGGAGAACUCAAAAGACUUUUGAGUAUUGUCCUUCCCACUGAGUAUGGAAGUCUGCUUGAAGAAUCUCAGACCCAGCUGCGUCAUAUACCAGUUUCCCUUCAGCUUUUGGAAACCGUAAUGCCCCUCGUAUUUUUGCAGAGGGAUGAAUUCUAAACAUUAAUUGUGCUGUUGUGUUUGAUGCUGUGUCUCUCAGAGCAGCUUCUCACCACAUUGUUAGAGAGGGAGAAACACUGCUUGGCACUAAGAACAGGUGUAGCAAAAGCUAUUUCAGAGCUCCUGAGAAAGCAGUUUUAUUAAAGCAUUUGCUGAUUUCAAACCCUGAGAGCCGCAACCUGUCCUAAAUUCUUAAAGCUGAGCCAGCUAGUGAGAUUGUUCAAAUCUUAAGGUUCAUCCUCAUUCUUUCCUUCUUUUCCAAUACUGUGGUGGAGUUCUGUGUGCAAGUUUCUAAUUUUUGUAUCAUUGUUAGAUCCUUGCAUUAUCCUUCCUUUGAGGCAGGCUUUUACCAACAUAGCAUCUUUUUCUCUUUGGCUUUCAGUUGCAGUAAAAGGGAGUCUGUGGCUGCAGCAAACAAAAUCCCUGUGCCCUUAUUCAAAUUAUGAGGUGCUCAAUGCAAACAACUCAUGUCCAAGUUUCAGCUAUGCUCCCUCUUUCAAAAGAACAGCACCCCCAAGGUUAUAAAGCAAAAUGGAGAAAUAUACAUAGUUCCUACACAGAUCAUUACAAGUAUUUUGAAUCGAAAAAAGGUCACUAUAAAGAAGAAAACAACUCCAAAACCUUUCAGUCCUAUAUUUCAAGACAUCUUAAGCAAGAAGUAAUAUUCUCCCUCAAGCUAAUUAACCUUGUUUUGUUACCGAUAUUAGAACGUUUGCUUCAAAAUAAGAGCUACUUGCCAAGAGCUACAUGCCUGGGAAAAGUCAGGUUUUCUCAGUUGAAGAGUCUGAACUUGUCUCAUAAUAGACUGGGAGAGUUUCCUGUAUCACUGUGUGAGAUCUCUACUCUGACAGAGCUUAAUAUUUCCUGUAAUGGACUUCAUUACUUGCCAAGUCAGAUUGGCAAACUGUUGAAUCUCCAGACCUUCUGGCUUGAUGGCAAUUUCCUCACAUCCUUACCAGAAGAGAUGGGAAACCUGCAGCAGCUCAGCUGUCUUGGGCUUUCAUUCAAUAACUUCUGUGAACUGCCAGCAAUUUGUGAAAAACUUGUCACCUUAGACAAACUAGCCCUGGCAGGGAACUUGCUAGAGACCCUGGACCUGACAGUGCUGAACCGUAUGGGUCACAUCAAAAGUGUGGACCUGAGGCUGAACAACCUGAAGAGGGCAGCGGCUGACACUCUGGAGGAGAACAAAUCUGUGGCUUACAUGGAUUUACGAGACAAUCAGAUGACAGAUCUGGAUCUGAGCUCCUUGGUCAGCCUGGAGCAGCUGCACUGCGAGCGAAAUAAGCUGAGAGAGCUGACACUGAGCGGCUUUUCCCUUCGGGCCCUGUAUGCCAACAGCAACUGUCUGACAGCUGUCAAUAUUUAUCCGGUUCCUGAUCUACUGACAUGUCUAGAACUCUCUCACAAUCAACUACAGUGUGUCCCAGACUGGGCCUGUGAAGCAAAGAAACUGGAAGUUUUGGAUGUGAGCUACAACCUACUCUUGGAGCUUCCAUCGAGGAUCCUCAGAAGCUUGAGUCUUCGGAAGUUGAUGGUGGGGCACAAUCGUCUGCAAAGCCUUCCACCUCUUCUAGAACACAUUCCACUGGAGGUGCUGGACCUUCAGCACAAUCUGUUGACUAAACUCCCAGAGACACUCUUUGUCAAAGCUCUGAACCUCAGGUACCUGAAUGCAUCUGCAAACAGCCUGGAGUCCUUGCCCUCCACAUGUCCGGGGGAGGAGAGUUUGAGCAUGCUGCAGCUGCUAUACUUGACUAAUAACAACCUCACAGAUCAAUGCAUCCCUGUCUUGGUGGGACACCCAAACCUACGGAUCCUGCAUCUGGCAAACAACAACCUGCAGACUUUCCCUGCAAGCAAACUUAGUAAGCUGGAGCACUUGGAAGAACUGAAUCUGAGUGGAAACAAACUGAAAACAAUUCCUACAACAGUUGCAAACUGCAAGCUACUUCAUACACUUAUUGCACACUCUAAUGAAAUCAGCAUUUUUCCAGAAAUCCUGCAUUUGCCCCGUAUUCAGUUUGUGGAUUUGAGCUGCAAUGAGUUAACUGAAAUCCUAAUCCCUGAGGCACUGCCAGGUGCCUUGCAAGAGCUGGAUCUGAGUGGAAACACAAACCUGGUGUUAGAACACAAGACACUGGAUAUCUUCAGUCACAUUACCACACUGAAGAUUGAUGCUAAGCCCUCCCUCACAGCAGACUCGGCACUCACUUCUGUCUUCUGGAGUCAUGGAGUAGCUGAGAUGGCAGGCCAAAGAAAUAAGCUGUGUGUGUCAUCCCUGGCACUGGGGAGCUUUGCAGAGGGGGUGGAGGCUGUGUAUGGCAUGUUUGAUGGUGACAAGAAUGAAGAACUGCCACGUUUGCUGCAGUGCACCAUGGCCGAUGUGCUCCUGGAGGAGGUACAGCAGUCUGACACCAUGUUCAUGUCCAACACCUUCUUGGUCUCCCACAGAAAGCUGGGCAUGGCUGGGCAGAAGCUGGGUUCCUCUGCUGUCCUUUGCUACAUUCGUAAUGAGGUGGCUGAUCCAGCCAGCAACUUUUCUCUGACGGUGGCCAAUGUGGGGACGUGCCAAGCCGUUCUGUGCCGAAGUGGAAAAGCACUGCCUCUCUCCAAAGUCUUCAGUCUUGAACAAUGUUCAGAAGAAGCCAGGAGAGUCAAGGAACAAAAAGCCAUUAUAACAGAGGACAAUAAAGUCAAUGGUGUGACUUGCUGUACUCGGAUGCUGGGCUGCACAUACCUGCAUCCUUGGAUCCUGCCCAAACCACAUGUCAGUUCCAUUCCACUGACUGUACAAGAUGAAUUGCUACUUCUAGGGAACAAAGCUCUCUGGGAACACCUUUCUUAUGCAGAGGCUGUCUCAGCUGUGCGGCACCUACACGACCCACUAGCUGCAGCAAAGAAACUCUGCACUUUAGCCCAAAGCUAUGGUUGCCAAGACAAUGUUGGUGCAAUGGUGGUAUGUCUGAACAUCAGUGAGGACAACUGCACGUGUGAGAUGCACGGCCUCACUCUGACAGGCCCUGGGGGAUUUAGUUCUACUACCACCAAACCAGCAACACCUUCAUGUAGCAGUGGAAUUGCUUCAGAGUUCAGCAGUGAACUGUCUGCUUCUGAGGUUAGCAGUGAGGUGGGCUCUACUGCAUCAGAUGAACACAAUGCUGUUGGUCUCGAUGGCAGCUUGCUACCACGACAAGAACGACGUUGCAGCCUACAUCCUGUGCCCCCCUCAAGCAUCUUUCAGCGCCAACCUUCCAGUGCCACCUUCUCUAGCAACCAGUCUGACAAUGGUCUAGAUAGUGAUGAUGAGCAGCCUGUGGAAGGUGUGAUGACAAAUGGCAGUAAAGUGGAGGUAGAAGUGGACAUCCAUUGCUGUAAAGGAAAGAGUCUGGAAUUGCAACAUCCUGCUGCAGAGUACAGCUCUUCUGCUCCAGGGCCAGAGGAUGACUCUGGGCUUGUACUCAUCAUUCGGAGGCAGAACAGUGUAAACAGCAACACUGUGCAGAGAGGGGUUAAGGAGAAGUGUGAACUCCAAAAAUCUCUUUCCACAUGUUGUCUUUAUGGAAAGAAGCUUUCCAAUGGCUCCAUAGUGCCCUUGGAGGAGAGCCUCAACCUCAUAGAAGUAGCGACAGAGGCACCCAAGAAGAAGACAGGCUAUUUUGCUGCUCCAUCCCAGAUGGAGCCAGAAGAUCAAUUUGUGGUGCCACCUGAUCUGGAAGAGGAAGUGAAGGAACAAAUGAAGCAGCACCAGGAGGACAGAGCAGAUCAGGAGCUGAAAGAAGAACAUGCAGCAUCCCUGCCGGAGGAGUUUGACACAGCUCUGUAACCCUACAAGUACCAUUCCCACAUUAUCUGUCCCAGGAAGCUCUGUUUAAUAAGGGCUGUCAUGCCCUCUGAGGGAGCUGGGAUCUGCAAGGAGUACAGACACCUGCUGCUUCCUUAAUGGAGUUGAGGAAGAAUCAGGAAGGCCAUCUGGGCUGUCCACUUAACCACUGUAGCAUCUCAGUUGUUCUAUGAGCACACAGAUCAGCAGCUAAGCUCUGUGUUAGGGACUGUCUGGUAAGUCCUUGAACCCUGAGAUUCUGCCAGCUGUGCUGGACAGGGGCUGGCAUAUGUGUGUAUGGGGUGAGGAGGCUGCUGAGAGAGAAAUGCUCAGUGUUUAGAGUCCUGUGAAUAUUUCUGAUGCAGUGUCCCACCCUCCCCACCAGCACCUGACUUUGUUAUUCCUUGAACGAGUACAGACAGUUGCAAUGAAGCUGACCUGAGAAUGGUUUCCUACAUUAAUUGCAAGCACUUUUAUUUAUUGCACUGAAGCUGUUCUUUUCCCUUUCAGCCCAGCACUUUAUUAUUUAGGGUUAGGGGAGAAAGCACUCCACAGCAGGUAUGCUGUGGACUUUUCCCAAUGGAUGUUCUUAGGAUAGUGGAGGACUCAGGGUACCAGUGUUCUGAUGGGCACUGGUGUAGGGGAGAGUGAAGGUUAUGAUGGGAUCAUUCUGUGCAGGAUGAGAAAACACAUAGCUGAGUGAUAAGCAGGUGCCAACCGAUGCAUUUUAUAUGGAGCAUAGAAAAGAUCAGGACUUAAUCAGUUGAUUAAGGCAAUGUGUAGAUCUAGUGGUUCUAGCUGCAGAGCACAGACCCACCUCAGCAGCAGCCUGGCCACCUUCAUCAUGGAUGCUUCACAGUAGAGGCUUCCUCUACAGAAGACAUGGGAUAAAGCCAGGAGCUUGUGCUUGUCUCAGUGGUCAGUCACAAGAGUUAAGCUGUAAACAAUGGUGUGCUGUAAGACUGGCAGAAGCAUCCAGUGCUCUUUUCUGUCAACAUAAGCCUCUGCAUUGUCAGCUACAGCAUCUUUGCUUGCCUCUAGAAGCAGGAGUCAUAUUCCAAAUACACAGCAACCAGCAUUUCAUGGUAUGUGCCCAAUUUGGCCACAAACAAGGUGAAAGUGUACUUGUUCCUGCUAAGCCUUCAGCACAAAAGCAAAAAUUAAACUUUUCAUCUUACUCACAUUUUUAUCAGCACUGAAAAGAUGUUUAAAACAGUCCCACUAAUGAUGAACUGGCUAGUCUGCACUCAGAUGCCUUGUGUUUCCAUUAGGAUUUUUGGUGCAGGGUGUAAGUUGGCUGCAAUUGUUGUCAUCUUGUAUAAGGGUUGUGGACGUCACUGCCUCUGUAGCAUGCAGAUCUGUCUUCCUUCCUGACAGAGCUGGAUAGCAGCUGUCCCUGUCAUGUCAGUGGUGCAAUAAUCCUGACUGUGAUGUGGGCUAGUGCCUUUUCUUCAUUAAUUAUAUAUUUAUGAAGAAAACAUAAACGUUUCUUCUGAAGAGAUCUGAGGGGCUUGAGUUGUCUAUUUUUGGAUCAAAUUUGGACAUUACUCAGAAGGAAAUACUGUGCAGACUGUUUGUGAAAUUCUGUCAAUAUAGAUCUUUUGACAAAAUCUAAUGGAAUUUUACUGAGAUUUCAGAGCACCUUGAAUUUCUUCUCACUAAGGAAAAAAGGUAUUUCUAUCACGCACGAGGAGCAACAUUUUAGGAUUGUAAUCAUGAAACAACCCAACUUUUUGCAAAGUUUAAACUCUCACAAUUUUUGGUUGUUUAAAUGCUUAUUUCAUUUGGAACUGGAGGUUGAAGCUAACUCUUACAGUCACAGAAACAACAGGAUUUGAAUCCUUUAGGCAUAGGAGAAACAGCAGAAAAGGUUCAAAUGCUAAACCCCAAAACUCUUUCAUAUAAGUUAUCAUCAUAUAAGUAUGCAGGAGAGGUUCAUCCCAAUGUAUUCAGCUGCAACUUUUGAUUCUGUUACUGGUGAUAAUUUUACCAAAUAUCUGUGCCUAGCCUCACAGUUUCUGAUAUCUGAAAGGGCUGUGGAACAGCCUCCAUUCAGUAUGGGACUGAUGCAGAAACCCUUAUUUCUGAGUAAGACUCUGACAAGUCCUGCACUCUGAGUAGCACGUAUGAAUGCAAAUCAGGUCUCUAUUUCUUGCACUGAUAUGGAAAGUCCAGUGUAUCCUUGCCAGUCUGAAUCAGUACUAUUGCAUGCAGAAUUGCCACAAGGAGUUAGUAAUGAAUGGCUCUACCUAUCUCAGUGUUGAAGGAAUAAGAAAAACACAGCUCUGCAACAGAGCAUGCAGAUUUCUGAACUGUAUCUCUUGGAGGUAGUGGCAGAAUGGAACAGAAGGAAUGCCUACUUCGACUUUUUCUCCAGUGCUGUUUCUGGUUUUGAAGCAGAAAGGGAGUUUAAAUACAGCCAGCUCCUAUUUUCUAUGGGUGUGAACUGUCAUGGAAGACAUGGCUUGUUAUCUUUCUUACAUUCCAGGAAGAAUCCACAGAUUUCUGUGAAGCUGGUAUUAUGGACUCUGGGCAGCACAGGCUGAGUUGACUUUAGCUGUUCCAAAUAGUGUUUCUCUAUUUGACUAAGACAAGCGCUGGUGUCCUCAAGCAGCUUUUGCAUAUUUUCCAUGUGCUUCUUCCAAGGAUUAAGCUUUUCCUUUUCCAUUUCAGCCACAGCAUUGUGAUGCUUUUUCUCCAGUCAUCCAAAAUCUUUUUCAUGCAUUAAAAAUAGUGCCUGUUCAUCACAAAAAGUGCUGCUUUUUCCUAGGCCACUUUUGGGUGUCAGCAAAGACACUGGCGUAAUUUUUUCAUGCAGAUGUCUUGGAUUUUCUAACAAAAGAUUCCAACUGCUGAGACACGCUUCAAGGUCACUGUCAUCCAAAGAAAUUGUUUUUUUUCUGACAUUGGUCAGACAGUGGUGUGGCUGGGUUAUCUUCAUCUGUCUGGUGAGGACAACUCACAGAACAGAGUGCUUCCCUCCACUACCUUUUGUUUUCCUUCCUCCCUUUGUGUCUCCCCUACUUUAUUUAUUAACACUACCUUAGAUUUCAAGCUCCCAAGGAGCACUGCUGUAGGUGGAACAGGUAUGAAUGGGCAGUCUACUGAAGGACUCAUAGCAGGGUAUAGAAAGUGUCAUCCCAAUUAUCUUCCUGUUCUCCAGUCCCUUCCCUGAUUUUACAGAGAUACUAUGUGAUCAUCACAUAACCACAUCACUGAGAAUGUCCCACUCACUUGCAGACUUUCUGUUAGAGAGGGGUUCUCACCUUGAGGUCCUCUGGCUAUUUUGUCCCUGCUGAGCAAUGCAAGCCCUCCCACACUGCACGUAGCCACAGCCAAGUGAGGCUGAGGAGGUUGCUGGUCCAUCUCUUCAGUAAUUCUGGCUCUGCUGAUAAGCAUGCUUGCUGAGACAGGUACUCUGAAGGCACUGCUCUGUCCUGUCCUGUCCAGAAAGGCUUCUGUAUUGAGUGGUGGGUAGUGGGGGCCCAGGUGUUAAAGGUAAGAGCCUCCAAGUUGCCCCCAGAACAAGGAACAGGCCCAGUGGAAGCAGCAUCACAGACUGCUCAUACCAGACUGCAGUCUUCAGUUAGAUGGGAGGGUAACAUCCUGUUCCAAGGAGGAGGAAGUAUUUUCCUCUCUCAGGGACAAGCUGCUGUGAAGUCUAAAAUCUUUCCUGUAGUACACAGGACCUUCAACCACACCUAAGGCUUUGGACCUGUGGGGUUUCUGCACUCCUUCCAGACAGAUGCUGGUGGCUUUUGUGUCACUUGCCAAAGGCCUUUCUUCAGGCAGAUCACCUCUUUGGUCUUGUGCAAUCAUUGUCUGCUGUUCUAUUGCUCUUCUAAAGACUCAACUGUAUUUUUCCUCUUUUUUCACAUUUUAAAAUGUUACCUUUUUAAAAUUAUUAAUAUGAUCUGGCGCAUGUUAACUAUUGCAGUGUACCAACUGUUUACUAAAUAAUCCUUUUUCAUGCUUUUUUUUUGUUUUUAAAAAGGAGAGUAUUUUCUGUAUCCCACUCUAGCAUGCACCUAUAAUGAUCCCUGUUUUUAUAGUGUGUGGGAGUAGGUUGUCCAAUGAAUGUGCCCUCCGCACUGUGGCCUAUGUACUGCUUUGGAAAGGCAAAUAACGUGAUUGUUGGAAAACACUAGUCCACUGAUUCUUUAUUCAGAUGUAUAGAGAAGUUGAUGAAGGAAGAGUAUUUUUGCAUUGAAUUUUCAGCUGACUUAGCAAUAAAGAUUUUUACUUUCAUCUAA